CCCGACUCGGCGCUUCCUGCCUCGCGGGCCGUCUCGGGGCUCCGGCGUCGGCGGCUUUUCAUGGAAGAGAUGUCAGGAGAAAGCGUGGUGAGCUCAGCGGUGCCGGCGGCUGCGACCCGCACCACCUCCUUCAAGGGCGCCAGCCCCAGCUCCAAGUACGUGAAGCUGAACGUGGGUGGGGCGCUCUACUACACGACCAUGCAGACGCUCACCAAGCAGGACACCAUGCUCAAGGCCAUGUUCAGCGGCCGCAUGGAGGUGCUCACGGACAGCGAGGGCUGGAUCCUCAUCGACCGAUGUGGGAAGCACUUUGGGACCAUCCUCAACUACCUUCGAGACGGUGCCGUGCCCUUGCCUGAGAGCCGCCGAGAGAUUGAGGAGCUGCUGGCAGAAGCCAAGUACUACCUGGUGCAGGGCCUGGUGGAAGAGUGCCAGGCAGCACUGCAACAGAACAAAGAUACUUACGAGCCUUUUUGCAAAGUCCCUGUGAUUACCUCGUCCAAAGAAGAGCAGAAACUUAUAGCGACUUCAAAUAAGCCGGCCGUGAAGCUGCUGUACAACAGGAGCAACAACAAAUACUCGUAUACCAGCAACUCAGAUGACAACAUGUUGAAGAACAUCGAGCUGUUUGACAAGCUGUCACUGCGCUUCAACGGACGGGUCCUGUUCAUCAAGGACGUCAUUGGGGACGAGAUCUGCUGCUGGUCCUUUUACGGCCAGGGCCGUAAGAUCGCCGAGGUCUGCUGCACCUCCAUCGUCUACGCCACCGAGAAGAAGCAGACUAAGGUUGAGUUUCCCGAAGCCCGGAUCUACGAGGAGACACUGAAUAUUUUGCUCUAUGAGGCCCAGGAUGGCCGAGGGCCCGACAACGCACUGCUGGAAGCCACGGGCGGAGCAGCCGGGCGUUCCCACCACCCCGACGAAGAUGAGGAGCGAGAGCGGGAGCGGAUCGAGCGGGGUAUUGAGCGGGUCCGGAGGAUCCACAUCAAGCGACCCGACGACCGGGCCCACCUGCACCAGUGAGCAGCUGGCCCUGCCUGGCCCGGCCCACCACACCCUCCCCGCCUCCUGCCUCGCUGCAUUUGGUCCCCGCCAGCGCCCGGAGCCCCGGAGACCCUGGUAACAAGUCGAACGGUUCUUCUGCUACUUCCUGACAAGGUGGAUUGUCUGUAGGCGCAUGAGCAGCCCUCCAGUGGGUCUAGGCUCCCGCCUUUCUCCCAGGACAAGGACGCGAGGGUGGGACAGGGCGUGAGCCUAUGUCAACCUCAGUGGGUGGUGGUGCCUGUUGGGGGAGGCUGGCGAGCCUUUUGGAGUUCAGUCGUAUAGCUUCCCAGUGGGCACAGCAGUAUCUGCACCCCCUUUCCAGCCCCAGGUACUGGCUCGUACCAUCCACAUGCUAGGCCUGCCCCAUACUUGGGUCCAGAUGACCCUUGGGGACUUCAGGGUGCCCACGUCUGUGGCCGCUGCGGCUGGGCCAGGCUGGGCAGAGCUGCCCCUCCCCACUGCCCUCCAGGGGCGCCUGCUGGUUCCAGGCGCCAUUUCCUCCUGGGCCUUCCCUGUCCCAUUGGCCUUGCUGCUGCAAGUGGAUCCCCCUCCAGGUCCCAACCUGUAAAUUAAACGCAGCCUCCCAGACUCCGUCCCCACAGCAGGGACACUGCCAUGGGGGUAGCUUGGUGGCUGUGAACCUGGCCAUCGCUCGGUGGGGGGAGGGCUCCCUCAUGUCUUGGAUUUUAACCGUGUGGAUGGGUGGAUGGAGUGAGAGUGAGCAGAGUGAGAGGUACAGCCCCUUGUGGGGCUGGUGGGCGCUGUGGCAUGUCUGUCGAAGGGAG